AUGGUCGGAUUGGACGCCGCUGGCAAGACCACGGUCCUUUACCGGCUGAAGCUGAAUGAAGUGCUGAUGACGAUCCCGACGAUAGGCUUCAACGUAGAGACCGUGGAGUACAGAAACUUGCGCCUCACCGUUUGGGAUAUUGGUGGUCAAGACAUCAUCCGACCACUCUGGAGGCAUUACUUCCUUGGUACCCACGCGAUGAUAUUUGUUGUGGACAGCUCUGAUCACAAGCGCAUGCAGGAAGCAAGGGAGGAGCUCUGGACCAUGUUAAAGGAGCCUGACUUCACGCCCCAGGCGCCGGUGCUGAUUUUGGCCAACAAGCAGGAUCUCCCCGAUGCCAUGUCAGCCAAAGAGGUCACCGAACAGUUGGGCCUCUCUGAGCUUCGAGGCCGAGCAUUCCACGUGCAGCCCAGCAGCGCACCCAAAGGUGAAGGUCUCUUCGAAGGAUUGGACUGGCUGUCAAGAGCCAUGACGAAGCGCGACUCUGCCGUGUCGCUUCGGUGGAUGUAA